CCGUUGCCUUGUGAAUCAAGCGCCAUAGUCACCGUAGUCCUGGCGACUGUUACCCAUCAACAACAACUACUCCUCUCCUCCUCCUCCUCCUCUUCCUCCUCCUCCUCCCCACCACCACCAUCUCCAUCACCCACCAACAACACCACAAUAAUCCACAGCCAAGAGACCAUCAUGCAGACAUCAGAGACCGGGUCGGACACAGGUUCGACAGUGACUUUACAGACAUCUGUGGCUAGUCAAGCAGCAGUGCCUACACAGGUGGUACAGCAAGUACCAGUACAACAACAGGUGCAGCAGGUACAGACUGUGCAGCAGGUACAGCAUGUCUACCCAGCUCAGGUGCAGUACGUGGAAGGAAGCGACACUGUCUAUACCAAUGGAGCAAUCCGAACAACAACUUAUCCUUACACAGAAACGCAGAUGUACAGCCAAAACACUGGAGGGAAUUACUUUGAUACUCAAGGGAGUUCUGCACAGGUGACUACCGUGGUCUCAUCCCACAGUAUGGUGGGCACUGGUGGGAUUCAGAUGGGCGUCACGGGAGGACAACUCAUCAGCAGCUCUGGAGGAACCUAUCUGAUUGGCAAUUCAAUGGAGAAUUCUGGUCACUCAGUGACACAUACCACUCGGGCUUCCCCAGCGACAAUUGAAAUGGCGAUUGAGACGCUGCAAAAGUCUGACGGUCUGUCUACUCACAGAAGCUCUCUUCUCAACAGCCAUCUCCAGUGGCUGUUGGACAAUUACGAGACAGCAGAAGGAGUGAGCCUUCCCAGAAGCACUCUUUACAACCACUACCUACGACACUGUCAGGAACACAAACUGGACCCAGUCAAUGCUGCUUCUUUUGGAAAACUUAUAAGGUCAAUUUUUAUGGGGCUACGAACCAGGAGAUUGGGAACCAGAGGAAACUCCAAGUACCAUUACUAUGGGAUUCGUGUCAAGCCAGAUUCCCCUCUUAAUCGUCUGCAAGAAGACAUGCAGUAUAUGGCUAUGAGACAACAACCCAUGCAACAGAAACAAAGGUACAAGCCUAUGCAGAAAGUGGAUGGGGUUGCAGAUGGUUUCACAGGAAGUGGUCAACAGACAGGCACAUCUGUUGAGCAAACUGUAAUUGCCCAAGUCAAACAUCAUCAACAGUUUUUAGAUGCAUCUCGAGCACUUCCAGAGUUUGGAGAAGUUGAAAUCUCUUCUCUGCCAGAUGGUACUACCUUUGAGGAUAUCAAGUCACUGCAGAGUCUUUAUCGAGAGCACUGUGAGGCAAUAUUGGACGUUGUUGUGAAUCUUCAAUUUAGCCUGAUAGAAAAAUUGUGGCAAACAUUCUGGCGCUAUUCUCCCUCUACUCCAACUGACGGCACUACCAUUACUGAAUCAAGCAAUCUGAGUGAAAUAGAAAGUCGACUUCCGAAAGCAAAGCUGAUAACUCUGUGCAAACAUGAGUCUAUCCUGAAAUGGAUGUGUAACUGUGACCAUGGGAUGUACCAGGCUUUGGUGGAGAUUCUCAUCCCCGACGUCCUUAGACCUAUUCCUAGUGCCUUGACCCAAGCCAUUCGAAAUUUUGCAAAAAGCCUUGAAGGUUGGCUUUCCAAUGCCAUGAACAAUAUUCCACAGAGAAUGAUACAAACCAAGGUUGCAGCUGUAAGUGCCUUUGCCCAGACUCUGCGAAGAUACACGUCGCUCAAUCACCUGGCCCAGGCAGCUCGUGCAGUGCUUCAGAACACUUCUCAGAUCAACCAGAUGCUCAAUGACCUCAACCGUGUCGACUUUGCCAAUGUCCAGGAGCAGGCUUCCUGGGUAUGUCAGUGUGAUGACAACAUGGUUCAGAGACUAGAAACAGACUUCAAGAUGACUCUUCAGCAGCAGAGCACCCUGGAGCAGUGGGCUGCAUGGCUUGACAAUGUGAUGAUGCAAGCACUGAAACCCUACGAAGGAAGACCCAGUUUUCCUAAAGCUGCCAGGCAGUUUCUGCUAAAAUGGUCUUUCUACAGCUCAAUGGUUAUUCGGGACUUAACCCUCCGCAGUGCUGCUAGCUUUGGCUCCUUCCACCUGAUCCGUCUGCUCUACGACGAGUAUAUGUUCUACUUAGUAGAACAUCGUGUUGCUCAGGCAACAGGAGAGACACCCAUAGCAGUCAUGGGUGAGUUUGGUGAUUUAAAUGCUGUGUCUCCUGGAAAUCUGGAUAAAGAUGAAGGCAGUGAAGUGGAGAGUGAAAUGGAUGAGGAAUUAGAUGACUCUUCAGAACCUCAAGCCAAAAGAGAGAAAACCGAGCUGAACCAGGCAUUUCCGGUGGGCUGUAUGCAGCCUGUUCUCGAGAGUGGCGUGCAGCCAAGCCUCCUGAAUCCAAUUCACAGCGAGCACAUCGUCACGAGUACUCAGACUAUCAGACAGUGCAGCGCUACAGGAAAUACCUACACUGCAGUCUAAAGAAUAUUAAAGCGUAUUUUUCCAGCUAACAUUAACCCUGUUGAUAUUGGGCUUAAGUUGAAAUUUUAAUAAGCCUGAAGGUCAACUGUUGUCAAAUUCUCUGUGCUGAACAUUACCUUUUUGGAGUUGUGAAAUGGAAUGGGUGUAUGUAUUUUGCCAGGUCUUUUUUUUUUUUUUU